AUGACAGCUGAAUGGCCCUGCCCAACAGACACAGCUGAAACUGGCCUAGAGAUCCCAGAGCUGAGCGCCAUGAGAGGGAACACAGGAGCAGUAGUGGGAGCCCAUGGGAGGCGCCUGACCCAGAGUGGGGGUUUCAGUGUGGAAGAAGGAGAGUGGGGUGAAGAGUCACUGCUGACUCUUUGUAUGGGAGGAGAAGGCACCCUCAAAGUGGGAGCAGCCCAGCCCAGACAGAGCAGCUGGGGCUGCACUUCAGAUGGUCCUUGGAAGAAGGACAGCAUCCCAGCCAUGGAGCUCCACGAGAUACAGUCUUCACUGCUGAUGUCACUGCUGCUGCUGGUGAUUCGUGCCCAGUCUGGGGCAGGUCUGGAGAGCAUCCACUAUGUGCCCCAGCUCUACAAUGCCACCCUGUUGGGAAGGCUCACACAGUCCACCUUCGCACUGGAGCAGCCCCUGGGCCAAUUUGAGAAUGUCAACCUCUCUGACCCAGACCCCAUCUGGCUAGUGGUGGCUCACAGCAACUCCACCCAGAACUUUGCUGCCCCGCAGAAGGUAGAGGACAACCAUGCCCCUGCCGGCUUUGAUCGAAAUGGCUACUACCUCACACUGAGGGCCAGCCGGGUACACUACCAGGGCCAACAGGUUAGCAGCCAGCUCCGAGUCCUCCGUGUUGGCAAUGACACCAACUGCUCCUUGGAGUUCCAGGGCUGUAACUCUCCUCUGCCAGGUUCUGGUCCCUACAGAGUGAAGUUCCUGGCAAUGAGCCCCAAAGGACCCGUUGCUGAGACGCAGUGGUCUGAGGAAAUCUACCUGCAGCAAGCCCAGACAUUCCCAGGAGACCCAGGGUUCCGGAGCAAGGGCACUGUGUUCAUCAUUGCUUUCUUGUCAAUCUUGCUGGCUGUCUUCCUGGUCCUGGUCAUAUCUGCUUGCUGCUGGAGGACUCCUGUGUUCGGCCCAGAGGAGCAAGUUCGCAUGAAGAGAUAUCACACCCACCACAUGGACCAACUGAGCUCAGUUGAGCGGAGUUCCUGA